AUGAGCCGACGUCGAAGACGAGCUAAUGAUUUCACAGAUUCAUUAAAUAGUUAUCGAUCUAAUGACAUCGAUACCGAUUCACUUUGUUCGAUAUCUGAGUAUAGUUCGGAUGAAGUUAAAAGUACAAUUUCGGAAGUUCAUCCUGUUCCAGACUUAAAUAAACGUAUCGACUUAUUUCAAGUUGAGCAAUCAGCUAUUAAAGUGAAUGAUAAAGAAAGUAAUAAUCCUCAGAGUUCUGUAAAUGAGAAUAUGACUACUAAAUUGUCAUGUACAAUCAAGGAACAAACUGAAGAGUCACAUACUAAAUUAAAGUCUAUUACAAUGGGUGAAAAUUCAAAAAGAGAUUCUAAUUACAAUAUAAAUAACACUGAAUUAAAUGCAAGUUCAAUCUUAGAACAAAAAAAACAUGCAAAUAAUGAAACAAAGAAAUUUGAAACAAUUCUUUGCUCAUUAGAUAAUCAACUUAAUCGAAUGAAGGAAGUUUCUCAGACACAGCAAGUUUUAAAACGUUUAUCUGAUAAAUUUGUACACUCACCACGAAACUUUACUGAAAGACUUUUAACUAUCAUUGAAGAAUCUGUUAUAAAUAAUGACGAUGAUAGAAAUGAAACAUCUGCAAUAGAUUUAAGUAGAUUAACAACAGAAUUUAGAAAAAUGUGUAAAUUUAUAGAAGAUGAAUCUGCUCCUGAAUGGCCCCCAUCUCCAAUGUCUACACCUCCAUGUCCACAACGCGUUUCUAUAAGCCCUGCGUGUAGUAAAUCUGAUCAUAUAAAAAAUUUUAAAAAUGAUAAAUUGUGUUCCCCUAUAAAUGCAUCUGUAUCUAUCACACCUAUUUCUGGUAAAGACAUAAUUAGAAAAAGAUUCUUUGCUAAAAUAUCAAAAAAUAAUUACAAUGGAAACAUUGAUAGUGUUAUUAAUGAAUCUGGUAGUACAUCUUUUGAACAUUUAGAGGCUCAAUGCAACAGAUUAUUUCCUGAAGAAAAGGAAUAUUCUAAACCUUUACUUAAAAGUUCAUCGAUGCCAUCUUUGUUAAGCAUGAGUCAAAUCCAUGAUAUAUGUGAACAACAAAUGGCAUCAUUAAAUGUAUCAAAUGAUGAAAAUCAUAAAGAAAAUACAAUAUUGAGCAUGCCAAAUUUAUUAGACAAAUGUAUAUAUCAAAGUCCAAUUAUAAGUAAACCAGAACACAGUUUCUCAAAAUUAAAUGAAUUACAUAAUAAAUCAAAGGAUAACCAAAAGAUAACUAAUAAUCUUUCGUACUCAAAGAAAAAAUCCAGAAAAAUGAAUGAAAAAUUUGAUAAUAUAACACCAGAUAAGCUUACAAAUAGUUAUGAAAUGUUAGAUCCAGAUGACUUACAAAAAACACUUUUUGAAGAUAUAGCAAAAAAAAGAAAGAGAUGUCUUGAUACAGCAAAACUUAUUACAGAAAUUAAUGCAGACCCUGAAGUAAUAAAAACAUUGAGAAUGUCUCCUUUGUUUACCACUGACGAUGAAUCAAAUUCAUUGGAGGAUGAAACAAAAUUUUUGCAAACUCUUGUAUCUUGUAAAGACUAUCAAUCAUAUUUAGAAAAACAAAAACCUCUCUUUAAGUUACUUCAAAAUUCAAAUUCUUGUGCAACUGAAACUAACAUUAAGAAAACUGAGAAAUCUGAUGAAAAAUGUGAAAGAAAUACAGUUUCAAAGAAAGAAACUUGGAAUAUUAAAAAAUCACCAUAUAGAAGAAAAUGUACUCUUUUGAGUCCAAAUGUAAAAUCUUGUAAUCUAUAUACGUCACCAUUGUCAAAAAAGCAAGGUAAUGAAAAGGAAGGGCAGAAAGAAAAUGUAAAACCAAAACUCUUUGUCACACCAGGAAAAAGUCCUUCCAAUACAGAUCAUAAGAAGAAAAAAGUAUACUUUCCAAACAUGCACAGUCCUGUAAAGCACACAAAGGUAAGACACAUUUUAAAGAGUCCACAUGCAGAAGGCUUAUACCGAUUGAAUUAUAAUACUGUAAUAUCACCAGUGGGUAUGUAUAUAAGAGGUACAGAUAUGCAACUUAUAAAAAAUGUACGUGCUAAAACAGAUAAUUUAUUGCUUACACCUGUGAAAAGGAAUGUAAAAAUAUCACUAAAUAAAAACUUGAAAGAAGAAAAUACUCCACCGAAAUGUAUAAAUAAAAGUCAGGAAAAGACACCUCUUAAGAUUAAUUUAUCUCCUAAAGUAAAUGUUUAUAAACAAGAGGCAUACAAAAAUCUGCUAGAGAACGAUAAUAUGCCAAAAAAUAAUUUUAUACUUCCAAAGGUUUCAUAUAAACUCCCCUUACAAAUCAAAACGAUAAAAGAAAAUGAAUCACCUAAGCAAGGGCCUCGUAUGAAGAAAUUACUUGAAGUUGCUCAAAGUAAAAUUGUCAUCCGACAUCAAGGUCGGAAAAAUUCAGCACAAAAAGUAAAGAAUCUAGCAAAUAACGAAGUAUAUGAAAUUAAUUAUGAACCAGAAGAUGAAUCUAUUCAUAUUGAACAAGCAGCUAAUAAAACAAAUUUUAUACAUAAUGGUUUAAAGGUUGAUGGAAAACAUUAA